UGUAGUAGGUAUUUUUGUUUGACAAUUUUGUUUGGUUUUGUCUGUGAAUUUUUUAUCAUUCAUUUCUGAAGUAGACUUUUAUCGUAUUUAAGAAAUGCAAGAACAAAUAUCUCUACACAUAAACAGAGGGUCGACGGUAUUACAAAGUUCAUUACAUAAAUGACAAAAUAUGAUUUAAUAAUUUGUGGUGAAGUUAUCCUUGGGAUAGUGGAUUGAUUUUAUUAUAAGGUUAGAAACAAACAAUAAUGAUGAUAUCAUAUUAUUAAAAUGGAAUCUAACAUAUUUUGUAAACAAUGAGUGCACCAAGUGGAUGUGUAAGCUGUAGUGAUGGGUCACAACAAUUUGAUGGCAGACAUGAUGUGGACUGUUCAGAAGGUGAUGAUAUUCAAAUUCGCUUGGCACCACAUGUGCAAGCAUAUUUGGCACAUAACAAUUCCACCACAAAUUGUUGUGGGCUUGCUAUACCUAUUGCCUUUGAGAGGGCAGCACCAGGAACAUGGUGGAACCCCAGAUUUGAUUCAGAAAUACUUGAAGGUCAAUAUCGAAGUAGUUCCUUUAGGCAAAUAAGGUUAAGAUUCAGAUUUGCACUUUUAUACAUUUUGAUAUUUUCUAUAUCAUGGUUUGUCUACUUUGUGGGCCUUGGCUUAAAUGGCGUGACAGUCAAAUGGCCAUUUUUAUGUUCAAUGUUUGCUGGGGUCCUUUUGAUAACAUCUGUCAUGUUAUUUGUUACUUUUACAAAUAUUUAUAGGGUGUAUACUUUCAAACUGUCCUUGGUCAUGGCACUUGCUCUGUGUACACUUAGCCUCUCAUUAGUGACUCUGACCACACAGCUCCAAGUAGAUUCCACUCAGGCUGCUGAUAUUAGCCAGUCGGGACAUUUCACUAUGUGUAUUGAAAUUCUUCUGAUUAUAUAUACACUGACACCAUUGCCAUUGUAUGUUUGUGUUAUCAUUGGUCUUUUGUAUUCUAUAGUAUUUGAAGUUCUAAACAUAUUCCUGCAUUUGACUGAACAGCAAUGGCAAAGUCCUGGAAUGUUUGUCAGAAUAUUACUUCAACUGUGUGUGCACAUAAUUGGUGUCCAUAUUUAUCUUAUGACAUUUGUGAGAAUGCGUGGUACAUUUAUGAAAGUAGGACAGAGUUUAUUAGUGAGGAGGCAGUUAGAAAUGGAGAAACAAUUGAAAGAGAAAAUGAUACAUUCAGUAAUGCCACCCAAACUUGCCAGUUGGUUGAUGGAAGAGCAAGUACUGGAAUCCGAUACAAACUUAAAGAAUAAUGAUCCACUAAAUCCUAGAAAUUCAAAUCCAGGAGCAUCAGAUAUUAAAUCUUUAUUUAGACCUUUUAACAUGAGUUCAAUGGACAAUGUCAGUAUUUUAUUUGCGGACAUUGUUGGUUUCACAAAGAUGUCCAGCAAUAAAGGUGCUGAAGAAUUAGUGAACAUUCUAAAUGAUCUAUUUGAAAAAUUUGAUGAACUCUGUCAGAAGCAUGGAUGUGAAAAGAUAUCAACUUUAGGUGAUUGUUAUUACUGUGUAUCAGGUUGCCCAGAACCUAGACCAGAUCAUGCUACUUGCUGUGUUGAAAUGGGAUUAGGGAUGAUAGAGGCUAUACAAGAAUUUGAUAGGGAGCGAGGUGAAGGAAUUAAUAUGAGAGUGGGUGUCCAUACUGGCACAGUUUUGUGUGGUAUAGUGGGUACCCGGAGAUUUAAAUUUGACGUAUGGAGUAAUGAUGUAACUUUUGCCAAUAAAAUGGAAUCCACUGGAAGACCGGGACGUGUUCAUAUAUCAGAGGAAACUAGCAAAUUCCUUGGAGGUUCUUAUGUUUUAGAAGAAGGUGAAGAAGUAUUUGGUCAUAAAACAUACUUCAUAGAAGGCCGGCAACUGUAUUCUCCAUACAACAAUGAUCACUCCCUCACACCUUCCAAUCCCGUUAACUUACGCCUCAUUAUAUCUCCUGCAGCUUCCCCGCAGUCAGUCCUAUCCUUCAAUAAUUCUCCUGUUCCUCUAGCUUCAAGAGAACUACAUUUGAGUGAUACGAAAGGCAGCCCUCGGACGGGAGAUUCCAGUAAUUUUUUAUCACCAAAUCCAUUCAACUUUCGUGCUAAAGCUAGUUCGCUGCCAAGCAUAUUGGAUUCAGAGGCAGAGUUGGAAGAGAAACGGGAAAAGAGAUUUAUUGAUAGAAACGAUGGUUCUUCUAAAAGUCCAACGUCUGUCGGGAGUUACGGCAAAUACACGAAUAAGUUAAAAAAUUGGAAAGUGCCUAGGUUCCUGAGAAAACAUUCAGAUACACCUUUGCACGAGAUAAAGAAGGAAUUGAAUGAGAAAGCAUUACAUAUGCUGGAAUCAGAAGGCGUUGGUUUGCAGUCAAAUAAUGGUUAUCAUCAAGUGCCCAUUGUGAUAGAAUCUCAAGACAAUAAGUGUGGCAGACCUGUACAGAGCGGCAGUAAGCUGAAUAUACAACAAAGUCAUGACACGGCUUCCUUUGAAAAGGAAAUUAUUGAUAUACGAUCGUAUUUGAGUCAAUCGAGAAGCAAUAUGUCUCCUUUUGCUAGAAGUAGCAGUUACAGAUCUCAAUAUGGAAGGUCUAAUAAUAUAGAGGUUCCCGUAUGUCGCGCUCGAAGCUCCACAAUCACGGCACAAGGUGAAGUAGUUCGGCCCAAAGAUCGUCGCUUGAACCUGCCGCUGCCGGUCCCGCAGCCCCGCCCGCAAGAUGACGCCGUCAGUCUCUGUCCUUCUGUGAAUAGCAGGAAGGAUUCGGGCAUCAGAAGUACUAGUCGACGGUCCAGUAUACAGCAACAGAUCUUUGCACUGAACCACGCAGCAAUCGCUACUUCCCAAGCUGAUAUGAUGCAGCAUAGAGUGUCCGGCUACUAUACCUCCAGCCAGUCCUCACUCAACGAGCUUUCAUCGAGAUGCCGCUUGCCGCCGCCGCUCAACGAGCAACAAGUGCAAUCACUACAGAAACUGCGCAAACAAUCUGAUUUGCAAUUGAUCCGCUGUGUACAAGAUAAUGCGAGGUCAGGAGUUAAUUACUUUGUACAACCCCCGUUAAAUAGAUUUACUUUGUUCUUUAAAGCGAACGAUAUGGAGAAACAUUAUAGAGACAAAGCACACAGAAGCGACGACUGUGAAGACUUUCCGCCGACUCUAACCACCUCAAGAUUCAACACCGCCUUAGACAUUUUAGUGUCUGCCAUUAUUUUUUUAGCUGUGACAACAUCUGUAUUUAUAUUGUACAAAGAGUGGAGGCAUUCCAUUAUAUCCUUUGCCUUCUUUUUUCUUAUCGAAGUUUUAGCCAUGUCACUGUGUGUUUAUAGACAUUAUCUGAAAUGGAAAACUAAGACAGAUCCCCACGAAGUGACAAAUGCUAUGAAGCGUUCCGUUAAAAUAUUUAGAAAAUGCUCUAACUGGUGUCCGUGGCAUUUGUGUGGCAGUUUGCUUAUAAGUUUGCCUAUUCUAGCCGUUCUCAUAAAUUUCUCUUGCUUAAAUUCCACAGUCGUGAUUUUGAAAGGCGAACAAUCGUUUUACAUCUACCUUUUAUGCAUUAGCAUCGUUCAUUUUGUUAAUUUUACUCAGAUGUGUUGGCUCGUUAAAAAUACGCUGGUGACCUUAUAUGCUGCUCUGUUCCUUUUCCUCGCCUUGCUCGGUUGCCACGAAGCGAAUACUCAAAUUGUAGAUCGUAAUAUUGUAAAUCCACCAUUAUUUGCUCACAAUUUUACAGAUUUUCUAGAUAAUAUGACAAAUGUGAAUUAUUUAUUAGAGAAUGUGAAUAGCACACGAACAGAAGACGCAGUGCAUCACAUGCUGCAUUUGAAAGAGUUGUACAUAGACGUCGCAUUGUUAUUAAUGUUAGUGUGGUUUUUGAACAGAGAGUUCGAGAUAAGCUAUCGGUUGAGCUUUUAUAGCAAUGUUGUUGCGAAUCGGGAUAAGCAGAGGGUUCAGAAUAUGAGAAAUCAGGCCGACUGGCUGCUACAUAAUAUUAUUCCACGUCAUGUGGCAGAUCAGCUGAAAAAUACGGCCAAGUAUUCGGAGAAUCACAAAGACGUGGGGAUCAUCUUUGCCAGUAUAGUUAAUUUUAACGAAAUGUACGAUGAGUCUUAUUUGAAAGGGAAGGAGUACUUGAGAGUAUUGAACGAGUUGAUAGCUGAUUUUGAUGAGUUACUAGAGAGGCCCGAGUUUCAACAUGUGGAGAAAAUUAAAACUAUAGGUAGCACUUUCAUGGCCGCCAGUGGACUCAACCCUGACCUGAGACGUGCUUCCCGCGACACUCAUGAUCAUUUAUAUCAGUUGAUGGAUUUCGCUUUAGAAAUGCAAAAAGUGGUAGACAAUUUUAAUCAGGAUCUUCUUGAAUUCGAUUUUAUAUUAAGAAUCGGGUAUAAUUUUGGCGAUGUAACUGCGGGAGUGAUAGGAACUACUAAGUUAUAUUAUGAUAUCUGGGGUGAUGCUGUCAACAUUGCUUCCAGAAUGGAUUCCACUGGCGUAGUCAAACGCAUUCAGGUUGGAGCCUCUUGUAUACCAGUUCUGUCUAAUAUGUACGAAUUUGAGCCUCGUGGUAGUGUCUAUGUGAAAGGUAAAGAUAACAUGAAUGUAUAUCUCGUAGUAGGCAAAAAGGACACGUAGAUAAAUUUUAAAAUAACGUCGAACGUAGAAUCUGUGAUUUAAUUAAUAUAUUUUAUAUAUUGAUAAUGUUAAAAUAUUAAAAAUUCUUUAUUUAUUGUGUGCAGUGAUUAAUAUAAAACCGUGCAAGCUACAGAAAUACUCUCGAGUUCAGUAAUUUAUUACUUAGUUUAAGUUUCUGCAUAAGCAGUAUGUGUGUGAUUAUUUUAUAAAAUAUAAUUGUAUUUAUUGUAUAAUUAUUUAUAAUGUGCUAAAAUACUUGCCUAUUGUGGUAAUGAAUGAAAAAUCUGUGACCAGAAUUCUAGUCCCGAAAGAAAUGUUCCGUGGGGUGGUCCUUUUUGUAGUGUGAAAGUGGAUUAGAAAAUUUACAUAGCUUUUAUGUAUAGACCAUUUAAUCCAUAAACACUGGGAUAUCAAAGUGCUAUUUUUAGUACUUUAGAGGAAGGUAUAUAUAUAUACAUUUGUGCGCAAAUUGGAUUGUCCCCAUUUUAUAUUGUUCGUUUCGAAUAUUUUAUUCUAAUAGACAAAAUUUAUGUAUUGUAAAUAAAAAAUCUAGAAAACACCCAACAAACGGGCGAUAAUAAAUAUUAUUUUAUAUUUGAUUGUAUUUAGAAUACCAUUAUUAUGUUAAACGAACUAAAUGGUACUAAUAGUAUGUAGUAAGUAAAGCGGUCUUAAUAUUUAUAUGACACAUGCAUUGUGUUAUAUUUGUAUAUUUGAUAAAUAAGGCCCUCAAACUUUGUGUAAAAUUGAAUUGCAAUUGUUCAUAUUAGAAGUGUGUAGUGUAUAAUAUUAUAUAUUUUAAAUAUACUAGGCCUUUGGUGUUUUCUAAUAAUAUAUAUUUAUAAUGUUCGGGGGAUAAAUAAAACUUCGAUUUCGUCUAGAUUUUAAUGCACAAACUCCUCAAGAGAAAUGUAGGUGUUUAUUUAUAUGGGUAUCAUAAUCUUGAUUAUCUACAUUGACAAUAUUUAAUAGUUCUCAUAUUUGAAUUGUAUCAUAAUAAUAUAUUAAUAAUAAUAUAUUUAGAAAAUGACUCACGAUAUUGAUAUAGGGUCUUGGUACAGAGUUCUGAGCAUUCCUUGUUAUUUAUACUAAUUUGCUAUACAAUCUCUAUUCGAUAUAUAAUAGUUGACAAAAUAAAUAACAAUUAAUGCUCAGCACUAAGACCAUUACAAUUAUUAAAAUCCACGUGACUAUUAAUAGAUAGUUUAUGUUAUUUCCUGUAAUUGUUUUUUAUUAUUUGUUGUAGCAGCUAACAAUUGAUGUAUGUUGUGCAUUUAGACUAAUUAGUUUAGUCUUUUUACUAACUAUUCUAUGUCCAAACUGAAUAUUCUAAAUUAUUAUGUGAAUUUAAAUUUUCCCAGAAGAUAUUGACUUAUAUUUAGUGGUGAUCUUCAAACUUAUGAUGAAAGCCUUAUACUAUACAUUCCAUUUGUAUUUAAACAUUAUGCCUUCAAAAAAAUGUAUAUUCUACUUUUAGAUGAAGAAUUUAAGAGAUGCAAUUUUUAAAUGAAGAAAAAUGUAAUAAAUUAGUAUUUUACAGACUGUUGGACCAAAACAGGAACAUGACUGUAUAAGCAUAACAUUAGCUCUCUGAAAUUUAUCUCUUGUCAAAUAGAUUCAUAAUGUACACGGUGGAGUGGAAAAGAGUAUUAUUAUCGAAAUAAAUCGAAAUUCAGCGACAGUUUUUGUGAAACUAAACAUAUUAUCUGAUAGAUGAAGGGUUAAUCCUUGUUACUUAGGCCCUCUUUAUUUUUGUAAGUUGUACUCACGUAAGGACGUUAUGUUAAAUUAGUACAUAUUAAUUUUAUUUUUGCAAGUGAAUUAUCAAUAUUCAAUCGACCAUUAAUUAACCUUCAUACGUAAUAUAUUUAUGUUAAUACAACUUGCAGUUUUAUUGGUGUAUAAAUUGUAUAAUUACGUUGUCGAUUUUGUAUGAAUAGUACAAUAGUUAGUUAAAUAAUAAUUUCAAAAUAUCCCAUAAAAUAAUUUGUAUAGUUUCCUGAAUGACUACUGUCAUUGAAUUUCGGAUUUUAUACCAUUUCAGCUAUACCUUGUAUGUAUAUAUAUAUUUGUGAUAAUAUACGAACUUUAUAUUUACAUGGUUAAUGUAAAAAAAUAUCCCUAAUAAUUUUCUUCAGUCAAUAUCGACUGAAGACAUGAAAUAUUUUUGAAAAAUUGAAUGUCUAUAUAAUUAGGCCAUUUUAUGUUGUUUUUUAUUAUUGAAUAUAGGAAACAUCAUUGUUUGUCAUUUCAGCUUUUAUGUGGAUGUCAUAAAUGUAUCUUUAUAUAUGAAUUGGUAUUGUAAAAAGUUAUAAAAAUCGAGUAUGAGGCGUAUUCGAAAACUAAGUGUUCUGUAUCGUAGUGUCACGGGUAACAAACUGUAAUACGAAUUAUUGUAGAUAUGCAAAUUAAGGGAUAAAAAAUAAGGAGAUUAAGAGAAAACGUAGGUAUUUCCAAUUUUUCUUGUGAUCCAGUGAGAUACUUUUAAUAAAUAAAUAGUUUUUUCGUAAAGUGUAAAAAAUAUAUAUAAAAGUAAAUCAACUUGGAAUGAUUUAAGAUUUUGUAUUUAAAUUUCAGAGAUGGAAAGUAAAAUUUGUAACGUUUUGAGUAUAAUUUAAAAAUAUAGCAAAGUGUGUUCGUUACAAAUAAAGACAUAUUAGGAUGUCUUGUUAUUUAUUGCACUACAAUCAUGUCAAUUUUCCAGUUUAUAUGUCAAAACGCUUUUUGGCUUGAGACAAAAAUUUGUAGUUUUGUUAGCGAGUACUACUGAUCCCUAAUUAUUAGUAUUGGAAUACUUUAUACUAAGUAAACUUUGUUUUUUAUUAGUGAUCUUAUUUGGUAAAUAAUCUUGACAUGUAUAUCAUGAAAUUGGUAAUUUAUUUUUUAUAUUUGUAUAUAAAAAUCUUUUUGUCCUAGCAUCUUCUUUAUUUUAUUUGCCUUAAAGAUGCCAAGUAUUGACAAGAUUGUUUACUAAAAAGAACUAGUAAAAUAUAACAUUUCUAUACAUCCCCAUUGAUUGUAGUGGUGCCAUCCAGUAAGAAAUCGUCAAUGAAAACAUUCACGUGAUAUCUUAAGUUUUACAUUUCGACCGCCGUCAUAUUCUAGGAAUUGCAUCAAUCCUGUGAACUAAUUAUACAGUAGGUACUACUUAUUUAAAUUUACGUAUAUAUUUCUGCUUGUUUUGUUACACGAAAAUUAUGAAAUGCAACGAAGCAAAAAAUAGGAAAGUGAUAUUAAAUUUGCAUAGGUAUUCGUAUAUAUACCCUUUUAUUUUGCUUAUUUAUCCUUUAUAUUGCUUAAUGAACCACAUCUAUUGCCUCGGUGGAUCAUUUCAAAAAUAUGUAAAUAAUAUUGCCUUGAUGUCUUGUAUCACUAUUUUUUUUAUUUGACAUAAACGUUGUCGUCAACUAUACAACAGUUGUAUUUUAACCCUGUCCCAAUGUAUAUUAGAAUUUGGUACAAAUCGACCCUGUGAAGCCAUUUAUCAAUGUUUAAAGUAUCUACCUAUCCAUAAGUAAGGAGCCAAAGCACAUGUGAAAGUUUUUGUAAUAAGUAUGUGAGGAUUUUGCGACUGCUUGCUGACACUUAUCAAUAUAAAUUGUGUUAAGAUGGAAUAAUAGUCUUGUUGUUUCAUUCUGUGUUUAGUGCUUUUUCUUUCUUAUCCUGUCCGCAAGAGCUAAGGACGACGGUCCUUAUAAAAAUGACAUAAAAUGCAAUUUUUUACGUAACAUACAAUCGUAUUUUUUCUUUUGAAAACUAUUUUAUAUAUCCGAUUAAAUAAUGCAUUAUCACAUACAGAAACACGGGAAGUCAGUUUUAAUUACUAUAGAAACUGACAGUGACGUGAUACAUUUGCUUAUGCUGUAGUACCUAUAAGAAUUUUUUAGGAUCAUGAUUGUGUAAUAAUAAUCCAUUACUUAUAUUAAUAUAUACGUGUAGUAAAUAUGAAUGUUGUAAUUAUUAUGAAAAAGCCAGAUUUGUGGAAGUAUGUAAUUCGUAUGUCGUGUAAUCAUGUGCUUUGGGACCUAUGUGAUUAUUGCUAAAAAUGUUAACCAAGGCUGCCAUCUUGUCUAUUUGAUGUUUUGUGUACCAACAUACCUACUAUUUAUACUGGUAAUUGAAUAUUACUCGCUCAAAUGAAUGUUCCCCGCUUUAGUUCUUGACAACUUCAACUGUGAAAAUAAAAAACAACUUACCUGA